CUGGGAGGCGGGGACGCGGUUGCAAGCAGCAAAGCAAGGUGGAGGCACGAAGACAGAAGACCAGGUUAAUGAAAGCAUGAGGUGGCUCUUGGGCAGCAGCUGGAGAAAAUUUGGACAUGCUGACAGGGGAAACUAUGACUGGCUGAACAGUGAACCAGGUGGGCCGCUUCUGGAAACAGAGCUUCAGAGCAGACCCCAGACAAGUUCAACCAAAGACGACAUAGAACCAUUUCUGUGCAUCCUAUUGCCUGCCACCAUGAUGCUCUUCCUGGCAUUCCUGCUGCUCUUCCUGUACCGCCGUUGCCAGCGCCCCGCUCCGCAGGGGCAGAUCUUCAGCAUCGACCUCCCCGAGGCCCUGCCUGAGCACGAUGCGUCCAAUUUCCUUUCCGUGUUGCCCUGGAACAGCGAACAGAGUUUCCACUACUCCACUCUGCUCCCUGAUGCCACGUUCCUCACUGUGUGUUUGCCUCCGUCCUACGAGGAGGCCACCAUGAAGACUUCCAUGGAUGAGGCUCACAUUGAGCUCUCUCCAGACCCAGUGCCUCCUUAUGAAGAGAGCACGCUGCAGCCCAGCAGCACCAAAUAAACUUCCUACGGAAGCACCUUAACUGAAGCAUGCAGCCCCUCAAGGCACAAACAUGGAACUGCUAUGGCCUUUAAAAUUAGCAAAAAUAUUCCAAAUGAGGCGCCAAACCAAUGAAUCAAUGAAGGAAGAAACUUGGAGUAACAGGGAAUGAGUCUCUUCACCUCAUCCUAGGAUUCUCUGCCUUCCACUUGUGGGAAGCGUACACACACAGCAUGGCACCAAACCGAUCCCAGACCGGUGACAUGGGUAUUCCAGUUAACAGAGUGUGUCACGCAAGGAUUAAAUUCAAGGACAGGUGGGAAU